GAUAGGUGAGAAUAAAUGAGGAAACAAGAGAGUACGCAGUAAGUGUGGCGGUGUGUGGCAACGGCGCCCCACUCCCUGUGCUGCUCGGCUCGCCGCUCACCUGUGCCCAACAACUCUGCCAAAACAUUACGAAUUACACACAUCUAGCAGUGGAUCAUAAAUAUUCCACAAUGGUGGACUACUACAAAAUACUAGAGGUGAGCAGAAAUUCUUCCAUAGCAGAAAUUAAGAAGGCUUACAGACGUUUGGCAUUGAAGUGGCACCCUGACAAGAAUCCUGAGAACCAGGAUGAUGCCACAAAAAAGUUCAAGGAAAUAUCGGAAGCAUAUGAGGUACUCAGUGACGAAAAGAAGAGAAAGAUUUAUGACCAGUUUGGUAAAGAGGGGCUUCAAACGGGCAGUGGUCCUGGACCUACUAGGCCACGUUCUUCUCGAUCUGCACGGCAUCACUACAGAUUCGAAGAGGACUUUGAUUAUACUUUCCCUACAUUUACAUUUAGAGAUCCUGAAGAAGUGUUCCGUGAAUUCUUUGGGGGAGAUCCUUUUGCAGAAUUGUUCAAUUUUGAUCCAUUUGAUCCACUUGGGCACAAUGCAAAUCGCCGUCGUCGACAAGGUAGACAGCGAGGCGGCCAUCAGCAAGGAGCAGCAGCACAUGUCAGUAACCAGAAUUCCAUCAGCAAUCAUUUCUUUUCUCCUUUUGGCCCACUGUUUGGUCCACCCAUGUUCUCACCUUUCUCAGGUCUUGAAGGAAUUGAAGGUGGUGGCAGCUUCACCUCUUUCUCUUCUCAUGCAUUUUCCACUAUGGGAGGCCCUGGUGUGAAGCGUUCAUCAACCUCAACUAAGUUUGUCAAUGGGAAAAAAAUUACAACCAAGAAGGUAUCUGAAGGUGGCCAAGAAACAGUUAUGACCUUUGAAAAUGAUGUUCUGAAAUCCAAAACAGUCAAUGGUGUACCACAAGCCUUACAGUAUUAAGGUUACAAGACAAAGCUGUAGGCUGUGAAAGUGAAAAUCUUACACCAGAUCUUUAUAAAAGACUGGAGAGAUUAUAAUUCUUGAUGAUUGGUAAGAUGCUGAUCUUUGAGAGAUUGGAGAAAUGCUGACUCUAGCUGACUGAGCAAAUACUUUUGUGUUCUUGGUAAGAAUGCUUACUUUGUUCAUUGGUAGAAGUUGGUUAAGAAUGGUGAAAGAAUGUGGUGUGUACAUUGUCUUUUAAGUUAUUAAUUUUGCUCUGCAAAUAUUAAGAAAAUGUACUUCUACUGCAACUUCUGUAAACUAUAGUUAUGAGCAGUUUUUUUUUCAAUGAGUUGUACUUAAAAACUGUUCUAGCUAGGGGGAAUCAUGAUUAUUUAUCACUUCGUCGUGUGUAAUAACCAGAUGAAUAGACUUCUUUCAAAGAGAAUUUGUGGAAGGGUAUAAUGGUACACUCAUCUUGCCAUUAUGUUUCUUAGGUACGAGUUUAUUUCUGUAAUGGUUUUUCAGAUAUGUGGUCAAGCUAUCCUUGAAUGAAUUCUUCAAAAUAGUUUUACCUUCAUUGCAAAUGUAUACUGUACAUAUAUAAGAGGGAGCACUUUAUUUUAUUUUUUUAGGUAUACUGUACACAAAAAUAUUUUGCCCUGAAAUUUUUCCCAGAGACCCUAAGGCAUAGCAAAGUCCAGAUUGCAUUACAAUUAUAUUUUUGCUAUUUUUUGAAGCAAGGUAAUUAUUGCUUAUUUAAACUGUGAUCUUUUGCGUUUCUCAUUUUCUUUGUCAUGCUGAUUUUCAUGAUGGUCAAGCUGAUUUUUUAUGGUUAUGCCAAUUGUCUUUUGAAUUGCAGGAUGCUUGAAAUGUGAAACACAUUUUAUCAUAAAUACUAUAUAUAAAGUCUAUCUUAGUUUUGCACAAAUGUGUAAUCUAUGUUUUCUUGCUCAGGAGUACAUUGUUUCAAAUGUGAUAAUUUUUGUUAGUAUUAUGUGAGAGAGAACUAGUAUUAGUCAUAUCACUAGCUUCCCCACAGUAGGCAUAAGAUUUGAAUCGGUGUUCAAUCUAGACUUAGCAUUGUGCUUGUUAAGUAUUUACAUACCUGCAACUUAAGCCAGUUUGGUAGUUGUUGGUGUUCAGAGACAAGACUGAAUACUUAUUUGAUCACUUUUAGUACUAAGUAAGGGAUUGUCUUCUGCCCAACUGUCAGUGCAAAGAAUACUGAUUUUGUAGGCCUGAGCACAUUAUGAAGAUAGUGCUGUGCUUAGUUGAGAGCAUCUAGUUUGAGAUAAGAAAAUCUCUCUUAGAUCAUUAAGAUGCUAAAUCACAAAGGAUUAAGAAUUAGAAUUCCUAAACUGAAGUAAAGUUAGUUUUACUUUAGUUUUAUGUAGAACCUUGGAACUUUGAACACUAACGUUAAAUUGGCUCUGGCCAAGGUUAGAUUUUUUUUAUUUUUCUUCAUUGAAUAGUAUGCAAAGAUCAGAAUCCUAUAGAAAUAGAUUGCAUUUUAGAGUUAAAAAAUCCUUAUUAUAUUUUUGUAUAUACAGUAUAAAAUUGUGAGCUGAACAAUUCUUUAAUGGAAAGGUAUUUUUGCUGGAUGGGAACAAGUGGAAUGUCAAGAACAGUCAACCAAGUAAUAAGCAGGUUACUUGGUAGUUUAUGUUCUAGGACAAUUCUCUUGCUAGAUGGAUCAUCAGAAUACAAGUAUUGUAUUUGCAGCAAUGUGACAAUUUAUGACUGAUAUUUUGUGAGGGAACAGUGUGAUGUAUUAAUAUUUCUUUUCUUUGUUUUCCUUAUCACAUUGAUGUAAUUAAUCUCUUAAUAAUACCUGAUAAUGUACCAUAUAUAUUUGAGCAUAUAUUUUUUUCUAUUCAAGAGAGGGAUAUAGGCAUUCUGAUCUCAUUGCACAUUGUCUAGAACCAUGGCCUAGAGCAUACUGUCCAAUGUGUGUUGUUAAUUCUCUUGAGACUGCAGUGUCAGUGUCUUGGUGGAGAAGCAUUGCACUUGCCAAAGAUGAAGGAUUUGUAUUGCUUAUGCAGUGUGAAUCAAAAGUUUAAAGGUUAUCUUAUUUCCCAACUUCAGGUGACCCAUUUUUAUCUUGUAUUUUAGCAGGAACAUUUUUGAAUGACCUAAAAUGGUGGUGAUGGCAGCAUUGGUGUAGCAAUGUGUUGAUGUAAAGAGUUGUGGGCAUAAGUGUUACACAAAACUAGUUUGUUAAUAUGUACGGUAAAAGUUUACCUGUUUGCAGUUUCUGCAAGAGGAAAUUUUUGGCAACAGGCUUGGCUUGCCUCGCUUUCAAAAUGUUAACAGUUUAAGAGCUGUUAACAGUUUGAGAAUUAUUAAUUGUACAUUUUGGAAAGUUUAGGCCUGUUUACUUUAUAUCGGUUAACUAGUAAAAAAAAUAGGAAUACCUGUUAAAUUGUAGCUUCCUAUGGUGUUGACUUUUUUUUUUUUUAUAUAUAUAUAUUAAAACCUCGAGCAAGUUAACACUAGUAUUGAUUAUAUUCUAAAAAUGUGUAGCAUCAGGAUCCAUUUGUUUCUUAGCAGUGAAGUUGUGUAUUGUAUUUGAUAUCUAAUUUAUGCUGAUUUAUAUAUAAUUUAUCCUGGUUUCAUUCUUAAAACCUUUGAUUUCAUCUGGGAAUGACACUCGGCUGUUAAUUAUACUAAUAAUGUACUUAAUGCCAAACUAACACUCGUUACAUAUUCUGGAUAUUCUGGUGUCAUUAAAUGCUUUUCAUUCACCUGGGCUCCAGGAGACUCGAACCAUGGACCCCACGGUCUCCUAGAACUAUGGACCCCACGGUCUCCUAGAACUAUGGACCCCACGGUCUCCUAGAACUAUGGACCCCACGGUCUCCUAGAACUAUGGACCCCACGGUCUCCUAGAACCAUGGACCCCACGGUCUCCUAGAACCAUGGACCCCACGGUCUCCUAGAACCAUGGACCCCACGGUCUCCUAGAACCAUGGACCCCACGGUCUCCUAGAACCAUGGACCCCACGGUCUCCUAGAACCAUGGACCCCACGGUCUCCUAGAACCAUGGACCCCACGGUCUCCUAGAACCAUGGACCCCACGGUCUCCUAGAACCAUGGACCCCACGGUCUCCUAGAACCAUGGACCCCACGGUCUCCUAGAACCAUGGACCCCACGGUCUCCUAGAACCAUGGACCCCACGGUCUCCUAGAACCCAGGUGAAUGAAGGGUUUAUUUCCACGGACGUGUGGAUGACAAAUUAAAUGCUUUACUAACAGGCACUCUCUAUUUUAAGUUCUUGGAAUGCUUAAUGACUCCAGAAUAACACGAAGUGAACAGCUGUUAGUAGGCAAGUGCCCAAUAAAUGUGGGAGUGUAUCUUCUCGCAUACAACUAUUGCAUAUCCAUUUCAUCUGAUAAGCAUUGUAAGUUUUAGCAGCUUUCCUUGGACUGGAAACAAGUUAACUACUGUAAACAAAAUCCAGUUGUUUUCAAUGGCAUUGGAUUUUUUAAUGUGAAGACAGUUAUGGAUGUGAAUAACCAAUUUAUAUUGUACUACAAGGUACCCAAAGGUGACUUGCACCCAUUCAAGAUGGCUUAACCUUGCUUUGAUUGUAUAUGUAAUAUUUAUGUAAACUAUGAAUAAUAAAGUGUUUAUAAUCUUUACUUAUA